CAACAGAAAGGCAAGCCCCUAGAUAUUAGCUGCUUUCCUUUCCCCUGCACAAGGGGUGCUUCCUCUGCUGAAGCCUAUUCGCACAGGUCUAAUGGUUCUAGGUUAGGCCUCAUUGGAGGCUGCUUUUUCUCCGUCCUCGCAAUGCGAUUCAUGCACCGAUCGUGCUUGUAAAUUUCGAAAGUGCAAGCACCCGCAUUCUUCUUAUCUAUGUCCCUUCGGCCGAUUAGUCCAGCAGGUUAGCCCAGCCGGUUAUUCCAGCCUCCGUCUAGUCCAGCCGGUUAGUCUCCGAUGGCUUUCCGGCAGGGCGGAGCGGGCGAGUCACGGGGGGGUCCGAGUCGCCCCGAGGGUCCGCCGCGAAUAAAGGACGGCAGCUGGAUAUCCGCCGACGCCAGGAACCGGCCGUCCGCGUGGGCGUCGCAGAUGGGGCGCGCGAAGCGCCUGAAGCCGCGCAUGUGGAAGAGCGCGUUUGACUCGGAGGGGCGUCUGGUGCGCAUGCCCCAAGUGCUCAAGGCGAUUUUGGAAGGGGGAGUGGACAAGUCGAUCCGGGGCGAGGUAUGGGAGUUCCUCCUGGGCUGCUUCUCGCUGGAGUCCACUGCGGAGGAGAGGAACUACGUGCGCGAAGCCAGGAGGGAGCGCUACCAGCAGCUGCUGCUGCAGUGUCAACAGAUGCACAGAAACGUGGGCUCGGGCCACCUGGCCUUCGCUGUGGGAACCCGCAUCAUGGACGUGCGCAUCAUCCACCCUGGAAACACCCCGGGAAACUCAGGAAAUACCCCCGGAAGCAGCAGCGUCAACAACCCGUCCCCUGCCACCACGUCUCCUAGCGGGGGGCAGGGGGAAGUGGCGGGCGGGGGAGAGGGGGGGCGGGAGCAGCAGCAGAAGCAACACCCCCCCUGAUCGGAGCGUGCUAGGGGGAGCAGGGGCUAGGAGUUCAGCAAGUGGGGGCAGCAGUGACUUGCGCUACCCCUCAAGACAAUACUCUGAGAGAGGGUCUGCUGGAAGCUCUACUCAGCUUAGGCUAGACCAGUUGAUAGAGGAGGGCGGGCCUAGGCUUAGCUCCUUCUCUUCCUUCUCUUUUAGUUGUGACGUUGAUGUGUUUGACCUAGAUGACCCCAGGGGGCUGUUUGUGCGGCCGGGGGGGGAGGAGGAGGACGAGGAGGAUUUG